AUGCCUGCCACCACGGCGGACACACUCUCCCUCGUCCAGCGGACCGUCACCGUUGCCCCCCUGGUUCUUCUUUCCGUUGCAGAUCACUACGGACGCUCGGCCAAGGGAACCCGAAAGCGUGUGGUGGGUGUGCUGCUGGGAGAGAACACAGGCCAGAAUGUUCGGGUAUCAAACAGCUUCGCCGUUCCCUUCGAGGAAGAUGAGAAGGACCCCUCGGUGUGGUUCUUGGACCACAACUUUGUCGAGUCGAUGAGAGACAUGUUCAAGAAAAUCAACGCUCGGGAGAAGCUCAUCGGGUGGUAUCAUUCGGGUCCCAAGCUACGCGCCUCCGACCUUGAAAUCAACGAGCUUUUUAAGCGGUACACCCCGAACCCGUUACUGGUGAUUGUCGAUGUCCAACCCAAGGAAGUCGGCGUGCCUACCGAUGCCUAUUUCGCCGUAGAUGAGAUUAAGGAUGACGGUACCACCACCUCCAAGACCUUUGUCCACACUCCGUCCAUAAUCGAAGCCGAAGAAGCGGAGGAGAUCGGUGUCGAGCAUUUGCUCCGGGAUAUCAGAGAUGUUGCCGUCGGUACUCUUUCGACACGUAUUACGUCACAGCUGCAAUCGUUGCAGGGUCUGCAUCUACGCCUCCGGGAUAUUGGCCAGUAUCUGCAGAAGGUGUUGGACCACGAGCUACCAGUCAACCACGCCAUUCUAGGCAAUCUCCAGGAUGUUUUCAACCUACUGCCCAACCUGUCCACCCCGCCAGCAACUCAGCGCCUCAGCGGGUCGGAGCAGCCGACGGACAACAGUGAACUGGCCCGCGCGAUGAGCAUCAAGACCAACGAUCAAUUGAUGGCCAUCUAUCUGAGCAGCUUGAUCCGCGCCAUCACCGCUUUCCACGAUUUGAUCGACAACAAAAUCCAGAACCGACAACAACAGGAGGAGAAUGAACUGAAGAGGGAGCAGGAGGCCAACGCGGUCAAGACUGAGAAGGAGGCUGCUAAGAAGGCUAGUGGCGCGGUGAAUGGGGAGCAGAAGGAGGACCAGGAUGGGUCCAAGGACAAGUCGAAGAAGAAGAGCCCGAGGGCCGACUAG